UUAAACGUUGGAUACGGAAAUUCAGAGUUUGUCUUUUUUUUUUUUGGACGGAGGGAGUACACUUGUGAGUAGCAUUAAUUGUUUUAUUUUUCUUGUUUUAUUUCAUCUUUAAAUCUUUUUAGUGGAGAGUCCCUUGAUCAUAGAAUGCUUCUAGCUAAGUACCCAUUUGGCCAUUUCCAUAGGGAUUCUCUCCCUAUUUUUACAUACAGAGGAUUAGAGGAAGGCAUAUAAAUAGAGAGGUAUGGAGUACAAAAUAUAGACACAUGACUGAAGUAGAAAAUAAUAAUUUUGGGGUCAGAUUUUUACACUUGGUACUCUUAACAAUUUAAGUUAAAGGCGACGCUGAAAAAUAGAAAGCGAUGAAAAAGAAUUCUAAAUUUGGCAAUUUAGAUCCUCUACAGUACUGCUCAGUGACAUAUGGGCCUGAGGAUCUAUGGACCCGCAUAUCAGUGAGACCUUCACUCCAAAUUUGGUGGUGUCUUAUAAGCAAAUGAGUUGGUAAGUACCCACCAUUCAUUCUUUUUUUGGUAUUGUUUUAUAAUGUUGCAAUGUAACACUUGAAAUCUUUAACACACUAAUAUAUUAAAUUGUUAAAAUUUGAUAUGUAAAAAUGGCAUAAUAGAUUUGUCAUAAAAAAAACUUCCAUGCAAUUAAUAAUAUUAUAAAAUAUAAUUAUUAAAAGUAAUGGUACAUAUAUGUAUUAUAUUGGAGAGAUUGUCAAUGUAAUAAACGAUGAGUAACUACAAAAUGGAGGGGAUAUGUGGACACUCCAUGCAUUAAAUUUUCAAGUUAUUGGCUUAAAUGAGAAAUCUCUUGCAGUUGGCUAAAUAAAACAGUAUUGUCGCUUUUUAGAUACUAAAAGCGAGUCUAGAGGAAAGUGAGCUGGGCAUAUCUAUAAACAAUAUAUGCAACAAUUCCAAUAAGUGGGUUAGUGUGUGAAGCACUAGUCCUUCCAUGCAGUCAACCUUUCAAAAUUUUUUAUUACUCAUAUUUAUUUAUAGAAAUACCUGAAUUUAUCCAUGUGGAUGAACAGCAUAUAUAUAAUAAUCUGUAAAAGCGUUCCCAUGUCAUUGUGUGUUCAACAACUUUUUUUAACAUAUAAUAUAACUAGAAAACAUUUGUGGCCAACGGUGUGUAUUAGACUGUGCCAACGUCACUACUAUAGAAAUGGUCUUCGGAAUCGGUGGCAGGUAAUGGAGUUGAUGGGCCAUUUGUUGUACUGGCUGAAGGAGCUCUAGAGCGGUGAUGGGCCAGUUGUGGCUUAUAUAUAGGUGCAGCUGUGCUUUAGGCCCAAAUGCUAGUGGCUAGCGCAUGUAAAUGGGCGAAGUCUAAAGACCGAAGAGGUCAUCAUGAGUCUUCACCCAUUUUAUCUGAACAGCUCCAUUGGGGGUAUUUCCCGGUGGGUAAAUUUCUUGAUUUUCUCAUUCAUUGGACUUUUGGAUCUGAGAUGUAUGUGGAUAUCCAGGUAUACAUACAUCUCAGAUUGAACAGUGCCUACAUGAUACAUCUCCCUGUAUUAUCUAGCGGUUAUAGCAUCAUUAAUCCAGAUUUAGCAAAUGAGUAGUAUAACUUAUGUUAUUGACAAGAUUGACAACUUUGUAGUUGUCACUGUUUUUAUUUGAGAGCAUUUCUGCACCCGGAAAAACAUGUAUUGGACUGGACUUCAUUUUUGGAGCUCUCUGGAUUCAUGCAAACUUGAUUCUUCAUUGUUUCUCUUUGGGAGUCCUAGAAUGCAUCCAUCCCACGUGAAGGAAGUAUAAGAAGCAAUUAAACAAGAUUCUAUUAAUAAAUUGUGCAAUGUUUCAGUAAACAAGUUACAUCCUCCUUCUCCCCAGACAUUUCAGGUACAUGAAAGACAAAAACACAUCAACAUCGAGAAUAUGAAGAUGUAUGAUUUUGAAAUAUGGAAGCCAGAGAACUCUGCUAAGGUCCCGAAGAACAGCAUUCUGAGAAAGCAUACAAAGCGCUCCUCUUUCACUGUCAGCAUCAACAAGGAGAAAUGCAGCAAUCUGAAAGGGUCAGAAGCCAUAGAGCUAAGCCACAAGUUGGGGAAGCAUGUUACAUUCUCAGGGGUGGAUGACAUACAUAUUAGAAACAAGCUAAGUUCCACGUUACCCCAACUGCAAAACCACUGCAAUGUGUACUCAGACAAGUCUAAUGAAGCUGACAGAUUAGUAUCUGCAAAAAUUAGUUCUCAUGAGAACAAGGAAGCCUCAGGUAGGGAUAUAUACGACAGAUGGACUUCUGAAUCAAGUGGUGCAAAGGACCCAAUUAACUUGAUUGAUCUGAAUCGCACGCUCCCAUGUAUUCCCGAUUUUAAUGGCGCAUUCAUUUCUGGUUCAGAGGUGCCUGAUCUUGAGCAUACGGAGAAUGCAACUUCUGAUCUCCAAAUACCUGGUGAUGUAAGAGAAGAAGCUGUUCUUAAGCACAAUCAAGACCUCCAUUCCAAAUCACCGCGAUCGCAGUGUGAACUUAACAGUUGUGAUCUUGGGAGAAUCAUUAACUUAAGAUCAAUAGCCUCACUGUUGCCUGAUGAAGCAAUUAACAUUUCUGACAGAGGAAUGAUUGGUCAUCCAUUGAACUCAACAGAAGUUAAUAAGUUUUAUGCUGAUUAUGAGAGAAGUUCAGUAAGAGAUGAUACUAUGGAAGGAAAGGCUCCUUACAUAUUGCCUCAGCAUACAGUUCAGUACACAAGUCAGUUUACGGAGAAUUGGUACACCAAUAUGAAUUUGGGCAACUUUCAUCAUGCUGGAAGAGAAUUUUCUUCUUGUCCAUGUGAAAACCAGCUGAAUUCUGAGAAACCCAUGUUACAUUCUGAAAUCAAUGUGCAACAUGAGCAUGCAGUUAUGUCACAACGUACCAUGCGUCUGAUGGGAAAAGAUCUUACAGUUUCCACAACAGGUGGCAAAUGCAUUGGUGAGACAGCAAAGGUGCAUGUGAACUCCUCUGUCAGCUGCCAUCAUACUACUAAUAUUUUCUUAGAGUUGCCACGACAAGGUCACCCGUUUCUGUCACUGCAAUCCCGAAGUUUUUCCAAUAUACAGGUAGAUGCCCCAAGCACAAGCCAUGAUUAUGUUGGAUACAAAAUGCAUAAUUUAAAGCGUCGUUUUCCGGAAGCUGAUGUUUUCUCUGGGAAUGGAAUCGAAUGCGAAGAUAGGUUGAGGGACUUUUCAUAUUUGCACUGUGGCCAAAAUGCGCUUGCUGGAUUUUCACCUCAAGGAGGAAAAUACAACACAAGAUCUGAUCAAAACUCACUGUCUGCUACAACAUUCUUGCCUACCUUCAUACCACAUGCCAAGCAGUCAGCAGUUUACCGUGCCAAUUCAACUUGGAAACAUAAUCCCUAUCCUGCAAACUUACUAGUUCAUCCUCCUGAUGGUACAAAUUUUAGAAAGGAUCAAAACCAGAUAAUCAGAGGAGUUGCAGAGAUCCCAAGUUCUGUAAACACCAUGUCAAGAGAUACUGUUUGGAAGACGAGAAAAAUAGACGUCGACAAUUCUAACAUUUCUUCUGGUGUCAGGUAUAUUUCAAGGUCUGGUCCGGUGAAGCUCCGCCCCGGGGCGAAGCAUGUUUUGGAGCCGAGACAAGACACAGAUGAUGGCAAUUAUCCACCUAUGUAUUCAUGUGUACCGUUUUUCGUUAUAAGAAGGGGUGGAAAUAUUUUGUCUGGUCAGACUAAAAGUCAUAGAAAGGUCUAAUUUGUAGCCCAUCAGAUGAAUCAUUCGGAUUAUAUUUUGUCCCAAUCAAUGGUUAUGGCUCAAACUUUUCUCAAGUUGAUGAACAGUGUGCAGCUAGUUCUGGUCUUCUUUGACCCAUAGUUUGCUGUACUAGAGCCCUGUGAAAAGAGGACUCAAUUGAUUUGGGAGGUUCUUACUUUUGCGUCGACGCAUCAAGCAUUACAUCCAUCAAGUUUACUUCAACAGAAUCCUGGUGGCAAGUUACCAUUUCCAUAAUUUUGCAGCUUGCCUGAUGCCCUGAUGACCCUGCACCUGCUAUCCUCUGUGCCUCUCUGGCUAUAUCCUCCUCUGAACUGGAGGUUUUUGUGUUGAAUUAUUUAGGUUCAGAGAUUUAGAAACAUUUAUGGAUUGGGAUAGCUUUGGCAUAAUACAAUUUUUGUGUAGUCAUUUCAUGGACUGAUUGAUGAGUGCAUUGUCAUCUA